UGCAAAUAAAAUGGCUCUGAAAAGGGUGCACAUAACUCUAGUUUACCUAGCUGUUAUCUUCCUAGCAUUAACUGGCUGCAAGGAGCUGACUAGUUUGAGAGAAGAUACCAAGAGUGGUAGGAUGAUCCAAAACCGACUCAUGAGUUCUGCUAAAAUAAAGCAUUCAUUAGAUACCCAAGCAUUGAAUUCGAAUAAUGAGUCUGAUUAUGCACAAAUUCUCUUGAGAUAUCAUAACGACAAUGCUCGUAAACCACCUAAAAGAGAUGAAACGAAGCACGCCUAUUUCUCAAUAGCCUUAAAGACUGUUAUCAUCUUUCUUGCAAUAUUCUCCUUGUGAGGGAUCAUUCUUGUAGUCUCAUAUUUUUGAACAAAGCCUGAUAUCCCAGGAAAGGAGCCCCUCAACAAACAGCCACCAAAGUCCGUCACAAAUCAUAUCUCGAAAAUCGAUGAAAUAUUUGAGUCAAAUCUUGAUCACGAGGAGAUCCCAAUCAAGAAGAAGAUCACUCAAAUCCUUCAGGAUCAGGUAAAAGAUAACACUAAUGGGCAACGAAAGCUCUCAAAUUUUGGGACUGAGAAAUUGUAUUACAUAAAGAAGCAAACCUUGUAUGCUAACACUAACGUUAUCUACAAUCUGUUACACCCUGAUGCAUCUAUAAUGAGCGAAGGGGUUACGGAUACCUCAGUGACUGCUGAAGUAAAUCCUUACCAGAAUUUACACAAGACCUUUUAUGCAGCUCUUCAAUCCCAGCAAAGAUUUGUCUCAGAAAUUGGGGAAUUUUCCUUCUCUGUCAGAGAAGUCAUCAGUGAUCUGCAAGCGAUAUUGUUUAAUACAGAUACUUAUGAAAGUCUUGAUCAAUUGAGAGAAUCUGCAGUGCAGGCUGCUGGCUCAGAAGACCUGAGCAAGACUUAUGAGAUCUUCUACCUCCAGUCAUGGCUGUACCAGGAGACUUUUAGAGAUAUGAUCAAUAGGGCAAUCCUGUUUGACUCAAUUAAGCCAUCACUUUAUCAAGAAACACCAGAAUUCUACAGCAAAAUUUACCCUGAAAAGAGCAAGAAUCAUUACAGGACAGUUUUAAGGUGUUCUGCGAGAUAUUGUCAGGCUCUAAAUUGGUAUAUUUCGCAAAGAUCCAACCUGAAUACAGAGAGCUAUAAUGCAUAUCUGUACGUCUCCCACUGGCCUCUAAAGUACGCAAGGAACGGAGAUAGAUUAAGGUUUGUCAACUAUCAAAUUGUUUACAUUGACAAGGAUAAUGCCGACCCCAGAAUGAUAUGCAACCAGCUCAUGCCAAGGUCUUCAGGGCAUGGAACCAUCAUCAAGAUUAUCAUUCCUGAAGAAUGUGAGAACUGAGCCCAGGACACUUAUGAUUUACAUGAAGGAAAGAUAUACAAGGCAAUAAUUCCUCCAUACAGUGUAUUUACAUAUAUCUCAAAGAAAUCUUUCAGCUUUGAUGGAGUGAAGAGCAAAGAUGUCUUCCAAGUCAAUGUUGAACUAGAUGUAAAAGCCCCUGUGUUCCAAAACACAGACCCUACAAUAUACGAGAACUCGCUUCAGACUUUAUUCAAUGAAGAAGAGUCUGGAAACCCCUUUGGUAGGUACCAACCACCCCUCCAGAUGGAGAAUAGGAGUAAGACAAUGGUGGUUCAGUCAUUCUAA